AUGGGUUCUCUCAAUUUACCACCAUUCAAAAUCAACGAAGUCGAUCUCGCAAAAUCACUUCACGAGAGCUGUCAAUUCGGCGCUGCGCACCGCUAUGGAAAGGCUUCUACAGAAACCGGCAUGGCUCGGCUCAGCCUCGACGACUCCGACAAGCAAGUACGAGAUUGGUUCAUCACCUACGCCAAGUCGCUGGGCUUAAAGACUUCAAUUGAUCAAAUGGGGAAUUUGUUUGCGAUUCGGCCGGGCAAGAACAAUGAUCUACCUCCAGUCAUGAUGGGCUCGCAUUUGGACACGCAACCUACUGGCGGACGAUAUGAUGGCAUUCUUGGUGUUAUUUCGGGUCUUGAGGUUUUGAGAAAGUUGAAUGAUCAUGGCUAUGAGACUGCGGGGCCAAUUGGAGUGGUGAACUGGACCAAUGAAGAGGGCGCCCGCUUUCCCAAGAUGGCAGUCUCAUCAGGCGUAUGGGCCGAUGUCAUCCCCCUCGAAACCGCCUGGGACCUUCGGGAAGUUCUGGCAUCCAAUCCCAAAUCGAUGAAGGAGGAGCUCGACAGGAUAGGCUACUGCGGCGACCAGCCCGCCUCGUACCGAUCAAAUCCUUUCGCGGCCCAUUUUGAGCUUCACAUCGAGCAAGGACCGAUUCUGGAGGACGAGGGUCUCAAGAUUGGUGUUGUACACGGCGUCCAAGCGUUCAAAUGGUUCAACAUCACCGUCAAGGGCCGAGACAGCCACGCAGGCACAACACCAUUAUACGCUCGAAAAGACCCUGUUCUAUGCGCCAGCAAAAUGCUCGUCGCCACCAAUACAGUCGCCAAAAAAUACGACGGUCUCGCAACAACCGGUAUUUUCACAACCGACCCUGGAACCGUCAACACAAUGGCGCAUACCGUCAAAUUCACCCUCGACCUUCGUCACGUCAAGGAUGAAGUCCUAGCCGAGAUGGUAAAGGAAUGCGAAGCAGAAUUCCAACGCGUCUCUCAUGACGAUAGCGAAAAGGGCUGUGAAGUCGACUGGGAGCUUCUUGUAGACAGCCCCGCUGUCAAGUUCAGCCAAGAGUGUAUUUCGGUCGUGGAGCAGAGUGCUGCGGAUGUUUGCUCGACGUUGCCGCAGAAUGCGGAGGGUAAGCUUUGGAGACCUAUGAUCAGUGGAGCGGGGCAUGAUAGCUGCUACACGAAUCGGGUUUGUCCUACGAGUAUGAUCUUUACGCCGACGAGAUCGGGAAUUAGCCAUAACCCAACGGAGUAUUGCUCGCCUGAAGAUUGUGCACUUGGCGCGAGUGUUCUUCUCGGAGCGGUUUUGCGAUAUGACAAGCUUCGUGCGACGAGAGUUGAAUAAUUCAAAUAGCUGUUAUUAUAAUUUCGAUGUCUGUGGUGUAAUACAUCAGGUGUAUAGAGAAAUAGCAAAUUUUUGUUUGAUUGGACUCAAGAACAAGUCAUGAUAAGAAUAUUGAG